AUGGAGGACGCGUUCAACGGCGACGACCGUCUCUUCCAGGCAAAAGUGCAGCAAAUACGUGAAGGUCUCGCGUUGCUCGUGGCCAUGAAGCACGUGGAUCCUGCUGCGUGGAGGUUCACACUGGUAAAAUACUGGAACAUUGACGUCGGAAGCGAAGGCGAGCGGCUGUUUGAAGAGGAGAUCCGAGCUCGCUUCGACUUGACGUUGAAUCUCGAAGGCAGGGAGCAGGACGAUGCAGUAACGGACUUCGACUUGGUCCGGUUCUGUGGGACUCAUCAGCGCGAACAUGGUAGUGACGAGUAUAUUGACAUGUUGGGGAGGAUUGCAAGCCUGGACGCAGACUUGCAGCGAGGGAAUGCUGGACUGGACAUUAACAUUCCAUAUGUUGGACAAGCUGUGAAGGCUCUAGAGGGGAUCCACCGAGCAGAGAUAAUUAUCUGUAACCAGUGGGAUAAUUAUCACCGGUCCUUGCUGGAGAAGGAGGUGCCGCGUGGAUCGCUUCGAUGCACUUUCGUGAUGGAGCCGAUGAGCGCGGACUUUAGCGACUUCAUGCUUACUUCGGAGAUGGCAGGAGUCGCGGAGAAACUGGUGCGACACAACGUGUGGUUCUCGAAGAUCCUUACACUGAGCACUGAGAUGGAUGAGAACCUGGCAGCAGAUGCGCGAGAGGCGAAGAAAGCGGUCGGCCGACUUUUGACCGGUGUUUUCGAUAGUACGCGACGCUGUUCUGAGCAGGCACGCACGAAGUAUUAUCCUGAGCUUGAUACGUUCAAGGCGGAACCCAGCCCGCUGCAGCUCGGCACACUUAAUAUGGAUUGCAACUUUGCCGUAAGAGAUGGCGAUGUCUUAGCGAUGUGCGCGGCUAUUGCAGUGAGUCAAACGACAAAGACACUCAGGAUGCAGGUGUCACUGGAGCAUUCAGAUGAGGAUUACAACAUAACAUACCGCGGGCAUUUGUGGAAGUAUUUGGCGUAUGGAUUGUUUUCGUCUAGAUCCCGGGCAUUUUCGGCUCUGGAAUCGAUUGAACUUCAUGAUAUCGACAGCAUGGAAAUGGCUGACAUCGAGACAUUUUACGCCAUCUUGGCGUCCAAGCAUCCCGAAGAAGACAUGGUGGGUUGCUCUCAGGGCCAUCGAAAUGAACGAGAUGCGACAUUGAUGAAGGACUCCCCCAUUCGAUGGCAGUUCGACAGCGAUGGCCAACCUGCCAUGGAUUCCCGUCCAAUAAUCCUCGACUCACCUAUGCACUUUGUUCGAUCAUUUAACGAUGAUGGCGAGACGGAUUGGGUGGACGUAUUACUUCCGGACUAUGGGCGUUGUCAGGUCCAGCGUAAAGACCUGGAAUUUGAUCAAGGUGAAGUGCAUCUCAACUUCAGUGCGUAUCAUUCCAUGAAGCAGCCCCUUCCAGAUCUUGAGUGCGACUGGAGCAACAUUUCGGCACUAGCGGCGGCUUUAACUGACAUCAGCAGCCCAUUUGCUCGAUGCGCUCGCCGAGUGAAAGUGCGUCCGAGCGACCGCUCGGGCGGAUGGUAUCACCUUGACGCGGGCUACAAUCCGAAUAACUUCGAGAGAGACGCACAAGCGCUUCUCUGCACGCUGGAUGUUAACCGCAGUCUUGAGUGCUUCGAAAUAGAGGUGCGGUUCGAGAACCGUGGAUACAUUAACGCCUUUAGGAAGCACCAUCUCGAGCCGAUCGAUCGGUCAUCAAAGCUCGACACAAAAAGUAAACUCGCGUUCCUGAGCGCGACUCUGUCGGGGGAGACACCGCGCAAUGGGGAUCUGUAUCGAUCUGCGGUCAACCAACUCGAUCAGCACCUGAUCACGAACAUUUUCACCUUCGCAGCUCCCCCCGUUCUUCGGAAAGUGUUCUUCCGCUCAUAUGCUGACGACUCGGACAAUUAUGAAGACCUUUCCGACAGCGACGAGUACGAUUCCGACGAAGAUGACUGGGGCAGCGAGGAGAGCGAGUUUAGUUGGGCUGGCUACGACGAAGCAAUGUGGCAUGGAUAG